AUGCCGAUGCGUUCUGGCGCUCGUGGCCUCAAUCUCACUGUCGCUAAUAAUAUUAUAUUUGUAGAGCCACAAAUGGAUGUCUCUUGCAUUGCCCAAGCGAUUGGCCGAAUUGAUCGUAUUGGGCAGAAAAAAGCGAUGGUUAUACAUCAUUUUGCAGUAUUCGGUUCCAUUGAAGAGCAAAUUUAUUAUAAAUAUUCUACGAAUAAUGAGAAAGACUGGACUAUUAAAAGCAUUUUUGAUCUCAUUGGUAUGUGA